UGUAUGUUUGCUCGACGUCUUCUGAGACCUACAUUUGUGCUAACCAGAGACAUGACUAUCAAGGCCGGAGAUAAACUGCCCAGUGCCACUGUCACACUGUCCAAUCCAGGCGACAAGAAGGACAUCAAGGACUUCUGCAAGGGCAAAAAGACUCUUCUGGUCGGAGUUGUCGGUGCAUUCACGCCCACGUGCGACAACCAGAUUCCACCUUUUGUCGCUGCUGUUGAUGACUUGAAAGCUAAAGGUGUCAAUCAAGUCGCAGUUAUCACUGUGAAUGACGCGUUUGUCUGCACCAAGUGGGGUGAAAGUAUGACUGUCGGAGAUAAGGUCACAAUGUUGUCGGACUACAAGGCUGAGUUCGCGAAGGCGGCGGGUCUAGAACUUCCAGGAGUUGAAGAAAAGUUAGGCAAUUUGAGGUCAACUCGGUUUAUGAUGUUGAUAAAUGAUGAUACAGUAGAGAAGAUUUCAGUGGAGGAGAAUCCGGGAGAAGUGCAGGUUACUGGAAUUGACACGGCUAAGACCUGGCUGUGAACUGAGCAAUCAACUACAUAAACUGAAACAAUUCAUUAGAGGAUCUGAAAUUGAAGAAGAACUGAGAAAAAUUUUACUACUUGACUUGCCGUAAUAAUUCAUUAACUGAUUAUAAUAAUUAGUUAUGAUGACUGAACUAAAUUAUAAACCGUUUAAUGAAACUGCUUGAAGCAAAUCAUGAGGUUAUAGUCGUCUUCUCAUUUCUUCAUGACUGUAAUUUGACUCCAUAUCAGCUUGAACAAAUAAUAAAUGCUGUAUGAAAUUUCA